GAACCAGAGCGACGUAGUUUCGUUGCCGUCAUCUUUUUACACUUGCGAAUCACUAACUAAUUUGAAGCUACUUUCAAGCUGUGGUUCCUGUUUUCCUAAAUAUAUAUUUUUUCCAAGAUUAGAAAGAUUUAUUCUUGGUGGAGUGGAAUUUAGAGAUGAGUGCUGGAAUGAGCAACUCUUUUCCAGUUGCCCAGUACUGCAGUCUUUGGCUGUGGUAUUCUGCACCUGGUCUGAGAUGAAGGAUUUUUGUAUUUCAAAUCCUGCACUGAAAGAAUUAACCAUUAUAAAUCCGGAAAAAGGAGGAUAUGGCUUUCAAAACUGUGCUCUCAAAAUUGAUGCACCAAAUCUGGAGACUCUCACUUAUAUAGGUAGGGUUGCAAAGGAUUAUGUCCUAUCUUGUUUUCCAACACUAGUUAAAGCAACGGUUGACUUCUACUUUCAAGAAUAUGGUGCAUUGUGGGAGCAAGUUAUAGCUUAUGGUGCGGUUGCAUGUAAGUUUCUUUAAGCACUUGCACAUGUGAUGCAUCUCAUAAUUUCUGACGUGACCCUACAGGUUCUCUCUGUUGCAGACAAUUUUUUGAACAAAUUACCUUCAUAUCAUAAUUUGAACCGGUUGUGCCUGACUCAGAAAGUAACCGCUGAUAAAGCAGUAAUUAUUUUGCUUGAAAAAGCACCUAAUCUGGUGUCACUUGAAUUUGAAGAGUUUGAUGAUCCCCCUGACCCCGACGAAGAAGAAGACAACAAUGAGGAUAUAGGUGAUGAUGGUGGGGAAGACAGCCACUACAAUGAUGCUGCUGACGGUGAAGAUAACAAUGACAAUGAAGACGAUGGUUGGGCACUUGAUAUGGUGGCUGCUAGAUGUUCUUUCUUAAAUCUCAAGUUGGUUAGCUUCAACAAAUUUACUGGCAAAGCAUGGGAGAUGAGGUGGUUGAAACUGAUUUUAAAGAAUGCAAAAGCUUUGGAAACAAUGACUAUUUCUCGUGAUCUCAUUUCGUACAGGAAAAGCGAAAAUCUAAUGGCAGAUAUUUCGAGUCUUCCUAGAGCUUCAGCAAGUUGUGUGUUCAAAUUCUCCCCUAAGCAGCGUUAAAGGUUUGUUUUCUAUUCUUAGGGCGUCAGGUUAUCACAGAGUAAUUGCAGAGGUGGCCAAUGGUAUCUGCGUUUCUAAAUUUGGAGAAUUGUGAAGAAUUUCAAAUAUUGGGAGGUGGCUGCGAUGCUGUUUGUGUUUUGACAAGGGUACAAGAUGUUUGGUCUGUCCGUCUCGAGGUCUUCUCGGCAUGAAGCUUGGUGCACAGAAGCUUACGAGAUUUUUUAGUAAACAAAAGAAUCCACCAAUGUAGAAUAACUAGAGAAAAUGGUGACUGAAAACAUUCAACUUUAUUUUUUGCAGUCUUUAAGAUGUAUUUACAUAUUUAUAUUUGGUCCGACGACCGUGCUUCUGUUAGAAAAUCUCUGUAAUAUUUGGUGCUUGUGAAGGCACUAGCCUAAACUCUGCCUGUAAAUUGAGUUGAGGCAAAGGGGUUAUUUUCCUUUAUAUUUUGCUUCUAAUUAAAGGUUUUUUUAGUA